AUGCAUCCUCGGGCCAAGUGCAGGCACUUGCUUUUCAUGCUUUUCGUCUGGAAGAUCAACCGCGAGCGUGCGAUCGACUACCUGAACACUCGCAGCCGCCUGUACGUCAUUGACGGUUAUGCCGGCUGGGAUGAACGCUACCGGAUCAACGUGCGCGUUGUGUGCGCGCGCGCCUACCAUGCCUUGUUUAUGCGCAACAUGCUGAUCCGGCCACCCCCGGAGGAGCUGGAGCACUUCCAUCCCGACUACACCAUCUACAACGCUGGCUCGUUCCCCGCCAACCGUUACACCGAGGGCAUGACCUCUGGUACCUCCGUCGCCAUUAACUUUGCCGAGAAGGAGAUGGUCAUCCUCGGUACUGAGUACGCCGGUGAGAUGAAGAAGGGCGUCUUCACAGUUCUUUUCUAUGAGAUGCCCAUCAAGCACAACGUCCUGACACUGCACUCGUCUGCCAACGAGGGCAAGAACGGCGAUGUCACACUCUUCUUCGGUCUGUCCGGAACUGGCAAGACCACUCUCUCUGCCGAUCCCAACCGUGCCCUGAUUGGCGACGACGAGCACUGCUGGUCCGACAAGGGUGUCUUCAACAUUGAGGGCGGCUGCUAUGCCAAGUGCAUUGGCCUAUCCGCCGAGAAGGAGCCGGAUAUUUUUGGCGCAAUCCGCUUCGGCUCCGUCCUCGAGAACGUUGUCUUCGACCCCGAGACCCGCACUGUCGAUUACGACGAUGCCACCCUCACCGAGAAUACCCGUUGCGCGUACCCCAUCGAGUACAUUUCCAACGCCAAGAUCCCCUGCUUGUCCAACUCGGCCCCGAGCAACAUCAUCCUUCUCACGUGCGACGCCCGCGGCGUCCUGCCCCCCAUCUCCAAGCUCAACAGCGCCCAGACCAUGUUCCACUUCAUCUCCGGUUACACCUCCAAGAUGGCCGGCACCGAGGACGGUGUCACCGAGCCCCAGGCCACCUUCUCUUCGUGCUUCGCCCAGCCGUUCCUGGCUCUGCACCCCAUGCGCUACGCCCAGAUGCUUGCCGACAAGAUCGAGCAUCACAAGGCCAACGCCUGGCUGCUCAACACCGGCUGGGUCGGUGCGGGUUUCGCCCAGGGUGGCAAGCGCUGCCCCCUCAAGUACACCCGUGCCAUCCUCGACGCCAUUCACUCCGGUGACCUCGCCAAGGUCGAGUACGAAAACUACGACGUUUUCAACCUGCAGGUCCCCAAGUCGUGCCCCAACGUGCCCUCGGAGCUUCUCAACCCCAAGGCUGCCUGGACCGCUGGUUCCGACUCCUUCAAUACCGAGGUCCGCAAGCUGGGUGGUCUGUUCAUCGAGAACUUCAAGAAGUACUCGGACGAGGCCACGCCCGACGUCGUCAAGGCCGGUCCUGUCAUCUAA